AGGCCCAGCAUCUCCCUCAUCUAACAGCAAACAACACAUCCAUCUUGGCAGCAAUGAAGGUAAAAUAGAACCAGGGGGAGAAAUGUAACAAGGCUGAAGGAAGUCCUAUCUCCAAGCAUCUAUUAUUUCAAAGCCCUUUUGGAUCCAAAACAGUUGGACGCUGCCCUUGGCACUACAUUAAAAAGCCAUUGUGAGUUUUGAUAAAAGGCGUGGAGACGGUUGCCUCGGGCCACGCAUAACUUUCGAUCUUAUCUCAAAUCAGUGUAUUUUGAUCUUCCAAUAAGACGGGGUGGGGAGUCACAUGCCUUCUCUGGUCUUUAACCUUUUAAGCUGCAAGCCUGCUUCAGUUUUCAUGAAAAGAAACGUUGUUUUCGAUGUUACAACGAAAGACGAUUCCAUUUUAUUUGACUCCGUCCUUGUGAUGUUCUUUUAAAAAUAUCCUGAGAAAUAUUCUAGGCUAUAGCAGAAGACGACAUGAAACUACCAAAAUCCAAAGUUUCUCUAAAGAAGAAUGCAGGGCUUAUUUCUAGGUUGUUCCAAGGACUGGCUGACCGCACCCCACCCCUGCCCCAUCCUUCCCAGGAGUCCCUACGCAGCCUGUUUUGGAUAUCAGGACAAAAGUCAGAAGGGUUUUUGAACUGUAAGCAAGAUAAGCCAGCGGAGAGGAGAAGAGGGGGAAGAUUCCCCCCAAGUAGCAAGAGACAGCUGGUCUUCAUGUAACUCAAAUAACGUGCUACUGAAGAUCAAAGCCAAGAUUCUUCACCGGCGAAAUGGAUCACGGCAGAAGAGGCUGAAAGACAGCUGGUUCACUAACCCUAACCCUAAACCAGUGAACCGAAGAAAUGUUACUGCUAUCAGCUUGCAAAUGGCAUUGGAAGGAUCUGAUCCUGCUCAUGUUGCUCUCUCCUCUGGUCACAUGGAGACCAGUUAUCUUUAGAAGGGAAGUAUUUAUAUAUAGAGCGUGCAAGCAUACCUUAGCCGUUCGAAGCCAACGCAGGAGGUUAGAAGUUAACAGGGACCGCUGGUUCCUCCCCGGCCCCAGGCUAGGGUGGAUGGACUUGGGGAGAAAAGCGAUCCUGUCAAAGAAGACGGGGCCAUGCAAUCCCAGCUCGUGGAUCGUGUUCGGAUCCAGGUGGAAGACACCUGUUUCUCGGUGGACAAGGAACUUCUGGUGGAACACAGUGAAUAUUUCCGUGCUCUCUUCCAGUCUGGCAUGAAGGAAAGUACUCAACAGGAGAUCCGGAUCAGGAACCUGAGCGCCGCUGGAUUUUGCGUCCUGUUAAAAGUUCUGGAAGGGGACCAUCCUCUGCUGAGCUGCGAGGAGAAUCUCAAGGCGGUGGAAUGCGCCUCCUUCUUGCAGGUGACAACCCUGGCCAAGUAUCUGAUUGCGUCCAUCAAUUCUGACAACUGCAUCAUCUUGUACCAAGCUGCAGCAAUGUUUGGCCUUCUGGACCUUUUCCACAAAGCCGCCCUCUACAUCAGAGAUAGUUAUUCCGAUCUGGAGGAAUAUCUGGACUGCCUUUCUCCAGAUCUUUUGGAUUACAUCGAGUCUCUUCUCCCUAGCCGCUUUGUGGCGGUGGGAGCUCACACACCCACCUUUGAGUUCUUGGAGGACGUCUCGCGCUCCGUUUGCUACCUGGAUGAGGAAACCAACACCUGGAGGACCCUUUCGUACUUGCCGCUCACCGCCAGCACCUUUCUAGCUGGCAUGACGACCCUGGAUAACAAAAUUUACAUUGUGGGUGGAGUCUACGGAUACAACAAGCAGAUUGUGGACCAAAGCUUUUGCUACGAUCCAGUAACCAACGUCUGGAGUGAAUUUCCUAGCCCUCAGCAACUUCGGUACGAUAUCACCUUGACAGCCCUGGAAGAUACUCUUUAUGCCAUUGGUGGUGAAUUUGAGAAGACGCCGCUGAAAUCAGUAGAAAAAUUCAACCUGUCCACCAACAAGUGGGACUUCCUGUCGGAUUUGCCUCAGCCAGCAGCGGCUGUACCCUGUGCCCAAGCCAUGGGACGGAUCUUUGUCUGUUUGUGGAAGCCUCUGGACACCACGAUUGUCUAUGAGUAUCUGCCCCAGAAGGAUGAAUGGCUUCCCAUCUCGACCCUGACUCGGCCUCAGAGUUAUGGCCACUGUAUGGUGUCUCACAGGGACAAUCUCUACAUCAUGCGCAAUGGGCCUUUUGAUGACUUCCUGCGAUGUAUGAUAGACCGCUUCAAUCUCACGACGAUGCAAUGGACUUCUUUACCUGGCCAGUACAUGAACAGCAAAGGAGCGCUCUUCACCGCCGUCAUCAAAGGGGACACGAUUUAUACGGUCAACAAGAUGUUGACCUUGCUGUACACCAUAGAGGACAGCACGUGGAAGUUCAAAAAGGAGAAAGCAGGCUUCCCAAGAAGUGGGUCUCUGCAAACCUUUCUUCUCAGGUUUCCGAGAACAGAUCACAGUAUCGCCACGUAAAGGUGGCAACUGCAUGGAUUAUUGGGCGGUGGCCAUCUGACAUCACAUCUGGACUUUCCUGGAUAGUCCGCUUUUUAAUUGUUCCAGACUUCCUCUGAUCUAACUGUUAUGAGCUUAUGAUGGUUCAUGCAAAGUGAAGAAAGUCUCAAGAAGGUGCUUGGGGCAAGCUUCAGCCAUUGCAUGAACUACGAUCUUAUCUUCUUGGUACUGUAGAUGGCUUUGAGGCUUUAUGAAUGGUGAGCAAUGAAGUUUUCAUCUACCCGUUUUUGGCAACAAUUAUUCUGAUAGGCCAGGUCUCAGUAGAGGUAGUAGAUGGUUCUGACCUAUAAGCAGAAAAGGCCAAUAAUUCAUCAGAAGUCCAGGGAUGCCCAGAGGAGAAAUAUGGGGGAGAGGGGGGUUUACAGAGAAGGGACCUUUCUGUUGUGGCUCGCCAGUGGCCAGUGGAUCUGGCAGCAGAUUCGGACAGUGAGGAGGUUGGGGAGGACCAAGGGCCAGUCCUGGAGUCUGGGGGCUGGAUGAGGGCCUGGAUGAGGGCUCCGCAUCAGAGGCAGAGAUGGGGCCAGGGCCCUCCGACAGUUAUCAGCUGCAACAUCAGUGAGGCACACAAACAGCUAGAGCCUGUUUCCAAUGUGUGCAUGUGCAGACAUUGCCAGAUGAAGGGAACAGCUAAAGAACAAGGGUCGACUUGGGAGUAAGGCCACAGGUGGACGAUGAAUGGCCCCACCCAGAGGGAAUAAAAGAGGAGCGAAGUGGGAGUGGAGUUUGCAGGAGUCAAUUAGUUCAUUACUGCAUUCUUGCCAAGAAUUGAGGCGUUUGAAAGGUAUCCGUCUGGCCACUCUCCAAGCCUGAUAAAGGUCGUAAUCAUGAACUAUCUUGAAAGACUUUGUUGGAGAGGAAUUCACUGUAAAUUAAAUAGAAGAGGUUUAUCAGGAUGAGGACUUGGCUUCGUGCUGCUGGGGAAGCCUAGAUCAGAACACUUUUUUCCUAGACAGGCUAAACUUCUCUUUAUAUGUUCCCCAAACAGAAGGAUGAAAGUCCUUAAAGUAGGGGAGAAAGUGCCUUCUGCAGACCACAGAUCUAUCUGUCUCAGUAGAGGAAACAGCUGUUUUUCAGUCACAGGCAGGAAACUUUCCCCUCUACCUGUGGGAUUGAACCUGUGACCUUCUCCAUGACCUUCUGCAGCUGCUGCAGUGGUGAAAUGUAAAAUUUGUUACUACCAGUUCUGUGGGCGUGGCUUGGAGGGUAAUGUAACUGGGUGGGCGUG